AGAAAAUCACACGAACCAUCUUGGAAAUACUUCUUAAAUAAUUGUGUCCAGUUUUUGACUCUCAUAUUCAUACACUCAUAUAUAUGUACAUAUAUAUAUAUAACUAAUAUAUAUAUGUUUGUGUGUGCGCGUUUUCAUUUACCCAAGGGUUGCCUGAAGAGGUAGAAAAAUCUCCAAAUGGGUGUGUCUGAAUCAGGGAUUGGAUGCAAGAAGCACACAAACGACCAGCAAUUGCCUGGUGUUUGUUCGUCUUGUCUAAGAGAGAGACUGUCUGACCUCUCAUAUUCAUCUUCUUCACAUGCCAAUAUAUAUACAGCAAAUAUGGCUUCUUCAUAUACUUCUCUCUCUUACUCUUCUGCUUCUUCUGUUUGUAUAUCACCAACACAUGGUCAUGGUCGUCGCCACCGUCGGACCGCUUCUGACGUAAAGGGUUCCAUCUCUUUCAUCUUGAAUGCAAACACAGGGCUCAAAAAGAGCAGAUCAAUGGCGUUUGUCGCAAGAAGCCGAGGCCUAGACGGUUCGGUCAGUGGGAGGAAGAAGGGAGGGAGAUUUUGGUCCAAGCUGAUUCGUUCCACGGGUAAUAAGAUGAAGGGGGUUUUGAUGCAUUCCAGGACUACUGUAAAAGAGAGGUUUGAGUAUUAGGGUUGUGUUAAUGGUGGAUUUUGGCUAAUAAACAGAAAGAUGAAAAUAGAAAGAAGGUCUAUUUUGUGAUAUAUAUAUAUAUAUAUAUAUAUAUAUAUAUAUAUAUAUUUUGUAUAUAACUUUCUGUAAUCUGUAUGACAUGAUGAAUAUGUGCAUCAAAGAUUUUAGCUCUUUUAUCUCUUUAUCUGCAAAUUGUAUAUGAUCGAUCGAUCUUCAUCUUCAGCAGCUUCGAUCAGGAUUUUAGUAUUGUA